AUGCUCACUUUACAGCGCUAUUGUGUCGUUUGUAUGCAUCCCAGAUAUCAUAAGAAUGUUAAAGGGUGAGAAAUGUUUCCAACUUGUUAGGAAAAUGAUUGAAAUUGAGAAUCGCACUGAAAUACGCUGUGAUGGCAACCUGGCUACUUAGCUUCACCCAUUUGAUUUUUCUCUUCCGUGAGUUUUUCUGAAGUGUGAUGUUUGAUGAGAGAUACUUCAGAUUUUUGCAAUUAUCAAUUUUUGACGUCCUGGUCGACCUGCGAAGACCCGAAAUAUGCUUGGAUCGUUUAUGUGAGUGAUAUGUGACCUACUUAGGAUCGCCAUAGUGGUACCUUUAGGGGUUCGGGGGAAAACAGCCCGUACACCCCUACAGGGGGCAAAAAGUGUCUGCUAUAGGAGGUUAUGUCUGGCCCUUAAGCCUCUGAAGCACAAGUGGUCUUUAUAGGGACUCGGUUGAUAUUUUUCAUUCAAAUAACGCCAGUUCAUUGAGUUUUUCGCAUAGAAAUGCUUCUUCUUGAACGAAAAUCGACUAGCUUCUCCCCUAUAGAUAGGGACCGCAGACGAAUUUUCAAAAAAAUUUUUUCAGCAUUGAGCUUUGUAUGGUUCGAUAGCUGUUUCGAUUCAAAACUCAGAACCGUUUAGUUUUUCAAAAAAGAUUGAGGAUGAAAAAAGUUAUGACGGAAAAGGUGGCGCGCCGCGCACCAUGUUUUUAGUACUGAAAAUUUGGUAUUUCCAUUUUUGACAUUUUUCUCGAUUUUUCUUCUAGAACAAGUUUUGAUACUGGUCUAUUAUGAUGUAACAAAUCAUAAUAGAGUGCUGAAAUGAUGCUAAUCAGCUAGUUUGCCGAAAAAAAGUCGGUAUUUUUCCAGAAAACAAAAAAAACUGGCGCUUGCGGGCAUCGAACUCGCGACCUCAAAAUGUAAAAAUCGGAGCGCACGCGUUGCGCCAAGCUGUUAGGUCCAACGCGGGGAGCUUCCAUCCCCCAUACCCUUGAGCCGUUUGAAUAGCACAGAUUGCCUAUUUCAAAAAUAAAAACUUGAAGUAAUUUAGCUAUUUUUAUCAGAAUAUGUUCGCAAAUCUUUACUCAAACGUUUCGUGGAAAUUCACUUCGAAAAAACUGUUUUUUUAGUGCUUUUUGCCUCGUUUAACGAUCGCUGCAUUAAAACGGCCCCGUAAAUUUUUGGCAAAGACGAAUUUUUUAUUUUAUUCUUUUAAUUGAAAGAUUUUUUACUAAUAAAUGUAUAUAAUCGUUUGAAAAACCUGCGUUCGACCGCUUUCUGUGUGAUAAACGCCGCUAAUUUUUUUCUCUAGUUUCAAGAGCAUUUUUGCGUAUUAAACAACUUUUUCAAGCACAGGUGCUGUGGAGAAAAAUUUAAGUAAGACCAUGGUCUAAAUUUUGAAAAAACAAAAACUCGAUUAUAUUCGCUUAUUAACGAUAUUUUGAAUUAUGACUUUCGGCGCUCCCUAAAAAUUUUUUUGGCAAAGACGAAUUUUUUUAUUUUAUUGUUUUUAAAAUUACCGUUACUUGAAUCAAAAUCAUUAUUUAAAAAAAGAAAGAGUGCGUUCGACCUAAAAAAACACAUGAAAAAAAGCAAAAAAACGACAAAAUUUUUUUAGUUCCAUUCACGUUUUUUUGUACGACAUUCCGCGAGAACGCAUCAAAAAAAGCGUGAAAUAUUUUUUUAAACGAAAGAGGAAGCUUUUUCUGUACAUGUGUGUCAAAUUUUAUUCGCCAGUUCCACAUAUUUUACAACUACAACAAAAUGAAAGUUUAAAACCAAAAAAAAGCCACUUUUUCUAUCGCGAAAAGGGGCGUGGCUUUGCGGUCCCUACCUAUAGAAGUUAGUAACUGAAACCCUGAAGGGCCACUUUCGCAAGCUUUAGUGGCCCCUAUAGGGGAGGUAGAGUGGAUGUGAAUCUUCCAGGGUUUCUAAGAUUGCCCCUAUAGAGACCACUCUGGAGUUGUGUAUACAGUACUUCAGGUAGUUAUGGUAAUUGACAAACUGUUAGCUGUCAUCAGCAUAGUUGAAUAUUAUCUGAUCUACCGGAGAAUAUCUUCCUUAUCUUCUAUGGUCUCAUCAAUUCAGUACAGACCUGAAAAACGAGUCAUGCAACAAGCUCUGCCCUUCACCGUCGCCAAAAUCGUAUCGAAAUCGAAAAGUCCAAGUUUUGAGGUUUAUAUAUAGCUUUUCAGAUGCUUCUACUUCUGAUUCUGCCUCCUUGGUUGCUGAAUUCAACUUUCCGAGAAGAAUGCCCUCUGUUCUACGUCUUUUCAGCGUUUGACUACUUCCUAAUCCCUACAGUGAUCCCUCUAUCUUUCCUUUCCACGUUUUAUAGGCAGUACAAGACUAAUCUUAAGCCUGCUCCACAUCAGCCAAAAACCAAUCGAUUGGGCAACUGA